AAUAUGAUGAUAAUUUACAGCGUACAUAUGAGAUGCUAUUAACGUUACCUUCACAACACGAAAAACAAAUUGAUUUGGAUGUCCCACGUACUUUACAUUCUCAUAUUAUGUUUCGAUCUAGAUACGGCCCUGGACAAAGAGCGUUAUUUAACGUACUUCGAGCAUUUUCAAAUUAUAAUGCACAAAUCGGUUAUUGCCAAGGGAUGACAAAUAUUGUAACAGUUUUAUUAAUGUAUUAUACCGAAGAGAACGCUUUUAUAAUGUUAACAAAAUUAUUCACAAAAUGUAAUUUACAUAACUUGUUUAUACCUGGUUUCCCCGCGUUAUUGGAAAGUUUUUAUGUUCAGGAAAAAUUAUUAUUAAAAUAUGCUCCAAAAAUUGCCUCUCAAUUUAAUAAAAUACAAUUAACGACCACCGCAUAUGCAACAAGAUGGUAUAUAACAUUAUUUACAAGCGAUGUUGUACCUCAUCAUACUGUGCUUAGAAUUUGGGAUAUAUUAAUGUUACAUGGAUUUGAUAUACUUUAUUUUGUUGCUGUUGCUUUAUUAAAAUAUCAUAAAGCAACGCUAACAACGUCAUCAUUUGAACAUACGAUGUUAAUGUUAUCGACAACAUUAGUUAUAACAGAUGAUGAUAGAUUAAUAAAAAAAGUAAAAAAGAUGUUUGAUUAUAAAGGUAGAAAAGGAUUAAUCGAUACUUUAAAAGCAGAGUAUAGAAGUCAAACCGCUUAA